GUGAUAAGGCGAUACACAAGCAUCACGAAGACAUGAUAAGCCGUCUUCGCCACAGCUUAGCCCCCGUGGCAUUCUCAUUCUCACACGUGAAACCAUAACUAUCAUGACCGUACGCAGCUGAGUCUCUCCCGGUUCUGCUUUGUGACAAGCUUCGACCGCCCACCAUGAAUCGUCUACGGAGACCAUGGACCCUUCAGCGGCAGAAGACGGACGGUAUACAGCUGAAUACCACCGAAGACUUUGGCAAGAAACCUUCUGGAUCAGACGAAGAAAAUGGGGUAGAGUUACCGGAGAAGAAUGGAGCGGGAGGGAAUGUAGAGCCUGUCGACAUGCAGCACGGCCACCUCCAAGAGAUUGAAGUUGAUCUCGAUCAUGUCGUGCACGAUCAGGAGUUGAAGGAUAUCGAUUCCGACACGUCUCCCUACCCCGAAGUGCGUGCGGUCGUGCCCGAAACCGACGAUACGACCAUACCAGUCAAUACCCUUCGCAUGUGGAUUCUGGGCACGAUAUGGGUCCUGAUCGGUGCGGGAGUGAAUCAGUUCUUCUCGUUACGAUAUCCCGCCGUGCACAUCGUGUCCAUUGUGGCAGAGCUACUGGCAUAUCCCAUGGGAGUUGCACUAGCAAAGAUCCUACCCAUCAUGACUGUGCAACUCCCAUAUUUUGGGGAGUGGCGGGUCAAUCCUGACCAUCACUUCAACAUCAAGGAACACGUCGUCAUAGUCAUCAUGUCCAACGUCACGAUUGGCUUUGGCGGAGGCGCCGACGCGACCAACAUCAUUCAAGCAGCGAAGAAAUUCUACAGCUUCGAUGUCAGCCCCGGAUUUAGCAUCCUCGUCGUCCUAUGUUGUCAAGUCUUGGGCUUUGGCGUCGCAGGACUCUGUCGGCAAUGGCUGGUGGAGCCCGCCAACAUCAUCUGGCCAGGAGUAUUGGGCAAUUGUGCUCUCCUCAAUUCGUUGCACAGCCGCGCCAAUGUGGUUGCCAAUGGCUGGAAAAUCUCUCGGAUCCGCUUCUUUAUGAUUGUCAUGUUGUGCGCGUUCUGCUGGUAUUGGCUUCCAGGACUGAUGUUCACCGCUCUCUCCUACUUCACCUGGGUCUGCUGGAUUGCACCCAACAACGUCGUGGUGAAUCAACUCUUUGGCUUUCAAACGGGCUUGGGAUUGAGCCCCAUCACCUUCGACUGGUCGCAGAUUGCCUACAACACCAACCCGCUCUUGUCACCCAGUUGGGCUGCGAUCAAUGUCUUUGCGGGUUUUGCCUUUUUCUACUGGAUCGUGGUGCCUGGACUGUACUACACCAACGUCUGGUAUACUGCUUUCCUGCCCAUGAUGACGGCAGAUGUCUACGAUCGGACGGGCGCCGACUACGACGUUUCCAAAGUCCUCACUGCAUCCGGUACUCUCGAUCCCGUUGCCUACGCCGCCUACUCACCUCCCUAUCUGAGCGCUACAUUCGCCUUUGUAUACGGCUUAUCCUUUGCCUCCAUUACCGCCGUGUUGGUACACGUGUAUCUAUGGCACGGCAGCGACAUCUAUGCCGCUCUCCGCGGAAGACAAAAACUCGACAUCCACGGCCGACUGAUGCGGGCCUAUCGACACGUCCCGUGGUGGUGGAACGUCGUCCUCCUAUGCAUCUUCACCGCCCUCUCCAUCGUACUCGUCGAAGUCUACGACACCAAACUCCCCGUCUACGGCGUCUUCCUCGCGCUCCUCAUCCCCGCCAUCUACAUGGUCCCGUGCGGCAUCAUCCAAGGAAUCACCAACGUCGAUGCCAACCAGCUCAACGUCCUCUCCGAGUUCAUCGGAGGAUACAUGUUUCAAGGAAAGCCUUUGGCAAACAUGGUCUUCAAAAUCCUCUCCACCGACGUCGUCUCACAAGGCAUUUUCUUUGCGCAAGAUCAAAAACUCGGCCACUACUUCAAGAUCGCCCCUCGAACCGUCUUUUGGGCCCAAGGCUUCGCUACCAUCCUCGGAGGUCUGACUCAGACAGGCGUCACACUGUGGAUGCUGGGAAACAUUCAAGAUGUAUGUUCUUCCGAUCAACCCGACAGCUUUACCUGUCCCAACGGCCGAACCGUCUUCUCCUCGUCGGUGAUUUGGGGCCUCGUCGGCCCUGCGCGAUUGUACUCUAUCGGGAAAAUCUACAGCAAACUCCUCCAUUUCUUCUGGAUUGGAGCUCUCAUUCCCCUCGCGACGUGGGCCGCGUGGAAGUAUACGAAACAGGAGUGGUUGCGAAAGAUCAAUUGGCCGCUAAUUUUCGUCGGGACGUAUAAUGUUCCACCUGCGACAGGAAUCAACUACAGCUCCUGGGCCAUGGUAAACGUCAUUUUCAACUCCUACAUCAAAAGCAAAGCUUUUGCCUGGUGGGCCAAAUACAACUACAUUCUCGCUGCAGCAUUAGAUUUUGGCACGGCAUUUGCAGGAAUUAUCAUCUUCUUCGCUGUCAGCUAUCCCGGCUACUCUUUUCCCGACUGGUGGGGUAACAACGUAUAUCUGAAUACCGCAGAUGGGAGAGGUGAGGCGUGGAAAGCGAUGCCUGAAGUAGGUUAUUUUGGACCUGCGAAUGGGACGUGGAGUUAGUCACAUUACAUGUAUAUAAUACCUAUGUAUAC